AUGAGUUCAAUACACACAUUGAUACGUAUAAUAUUUUUCAGAUCAACUGAAAGAGCAUCAGAUUCGAGACCACAACCCAACAAAGCCCGCCCUCCCAUCAAGGACGUCGCGUGUCACGCCAUCAGCGACACGUAUGAAGGUGUCACGUUGGUCAUACAAGAGGGUCUUCUGUGUCGCGAGUGUGACACGCCGCUUGACAGUGACAAACACUUCCUCGGUCGCACGUCGCGCAGCAAGUGUCCAUAUGCUACAUCAUGUUACCGAGCGAUGUUGAGACACAGUGGAUAUUGCGCCGGCUCACUUUCACUGGAGGCCGCUCCUAGACCCGCUCCCACGCUAUACUGCAUCUGCGAAUACUCUACAGACAUAAGCACGGACAUUCUAUCGCAUCUCCUCGUGACACAACACACAAACGCGUACUUAACUGAGGAACUAGCACGGGCCAACACCGUCAGGGAAGAACCAAAACCUGCUGAUGAAGUAGAGCCUACGAAACUUCUCAGCAUUCCAUGGAUUCACCGUGCGGGUGCCGGGUCCAUCGCGUUGCAGGGGGAGGAGCUUCAACAGUGCCUGGGACUUGCGACCCAAGUGUAG